AUUGGAACUCGACCCGAGUUUGAAGAGUCGACUCGCACUGUUAUGCUAACGCAAUGCGCCAAGAAGAAGAGCCUCCUCCGCCGCCGCGCCCCGCCUCCUCCCGCCACCUCCGCCGCCGUCAAACCCGCUCGCAUCCACACCGGCCCGGCCGCCCCGACCGCCCCAUGGAACACCCGCUUGCGAGAGCUCUCCAAGCACUCCCGCUUCCGCGAGGCCCUCGCCCUGUACCGCCAGAUGCUCCGCUCCGGGGCCUCCCCCAACGCCUUCACCUUCCCCUUCGCGCUCAAGUCCUGCGCCUCCCUCUCGCUCCCCGCCGCCGGCGCCCAGCUCCACGCGCACGCCCUCAAGGCCGGGUGCGAGGUCGAGCCCUUCGUGCUGACUUCCCUCAUCUCCAUGUACGCCCACUGCUCCCUCAUUGACGACGCCGGCAAGGUGUUCGAUCAUUGUCCCCAGUCGAGACGCCUCACCGUUUGUUACAACGCUCUGGUGUCUGGGUACACGUCGAAUUCCCGGUUCUCGGAUGCGGUUUCGUUGUUUCGCCGGAUGAGGGAGAUGGGCGUGUCGGCUAACUCGGUCACCAUGUUGGGUUUGAUCCCUGUUUGUUCCCUCCCGGUGCAUUUGGGCGUCGGGACGUGUCUGCAUUGCUGCUGCGUGAAGCUUGGCUUGGACCGCGAUUCGUCGGUUGGGAAUUGUUUGCUGACCAUGUAUGUCAAAUGCGGGUCGGUGGAGGAUGCCCGGGUUUUGUUCGACUCGAUCAGUUGUAAGGGUUUGAUCACAUGGAAUGCAAUGAUUUCUGGAUAUGCGCAGCAUGGACAUGCUAGUCAUGUUUUGGACCUUUACCGGGAGAUGAAGUCGUGUGGGAUUCGACCGGACUCUGUGACUCUUGUCGGAGUUCUGUCGUCCUGUGCUCUCCUCGGUGCUUACCACAUUGGCUGCCAAGUAGAAAGGCAGAUAGAGUUGAGCGGUUUUAACUCCAACCCGUUCUUAGAUAAUGCGCUUGUCAACAUGUAUGCCAGGUGCGGCAAAUUGGCAAAGGCUUGGGCCGUCUUUGAUGCCAUGCCCGAGAAAACUGUUGUUUCUUGGACAGCUAUCAUAGGUGGAUAUGGGAUGCACGGACAAGGAGAACUUGCAGUCAAUCUCUUUGAACAGAUGCUGCAAGCAGGAAUAAGGCCCGAUGGAGCAGCAUUUGUUAGUGUUCUGUCCGCAUGUAGCCAUGCAGGGUUGACUGAUGAGGGUUUGAAGUACUUUAAUGCGAUGGAAAAGAAGUUUCUGUUGCAGCCUGGUCCAGAGCACUAUUCUUGCAUGGUGGAUCUUCUAGGUCGGGCAGGUCAGCUACAGAAAGCCCUCGAUCUCAUCCAUACGAUGCGAGUACAUCCUGAUGGUGCGGUCUGGGGUGCUCUGUUGGGCGCUUGUAAAAUCCACAAAAAUGUCGAGUUAGCAGAAUUGGCCUUCGAACGCGUCAUUGAACUUGAGCCUACCAAUAUCGGCUACUAUGUUUUAUUGUCGAACACCUACAACGAGGCUAACAACAUGGAUGGCAUACUCAGGGUCCGGAUGAUGAUGAGGGAGCGGAAACUCAAAAAGGAGCCUGGCUGUAGCUAUGUAGAACACAGAGGGAAAGUUCAUCUCUUCUUAGCAGGGGAUAGAUGUCAUCCUCAGACGAAAGAAAUAUACAGGAUGUUGAACGAACUCGAGGAUUGGUUAAAGGAGAAUCACAAUUUGGACAAGAGUUAUCUGGAAAGAAGAGACGAUGAACGGUUGUCUGGCAGGGUCCACAGUGAGAAGUUGGCGAUUGCAUUCGCACUCUUGAAUUCGAAGCAGCUUGGGAGGGAGAUCGUUGUGAUUAAGAAUCUCAGGGUUUGUGAAGAUUGUCACUUGUUUAUAAAGUUGGUAAGCAAGGCAGUAGAUCGUCAAUUUGUUGUCAGAGAUGCGACUCGCUUCCACCAUUUCGAGGGUGGCGUCUGCUCUUGCCGAGAUUAUUGGUGAAGUGAUGAAAUGUUACUCAGAAGAAAACACGAGCUAGGAAAGACAAGGCAGCUUUUUGUCAAACCUGAGUGCAGGAGACUUUCAAGGUUCUUUCGAGUUGGUAAUUUGGCAGUGUCUUAUGGAAUGGAACUUCCAAGAUUAUUGAGAAUUUUGAUCGGAAAUAGUUGGCUCAUAUUCCUGCAUUGCUGAUGCCCCAACUCAACUGAUUCCUUGUCGCUAUUAAGCCUUUCUAUCUCUCCCUUCAAUCCUUGUGUCUCUGCUUCAGUUGGAGGAAAAGAACUUCCCUGAUUUUGGAGAUUUUGAAGGGAAUAGCUGUAGACUGGUUUCUGAUGGAUUUUCUUCAGAAGCUGCUGCUUAAAUGCAUAGUCAGUUUGUUAGCCGGAUCCGAGCUCAACACAUUGGAUCCAAGAUGCCGAGCCGAGUGCCGGCAUUGUCGUCCUUGGGCAAUCCUGGAUCUGGUAUCACCCAAGGCCGCAAUGGGUGGCUGUCACGAGUGACUGAGCUCAUGCGGGCCAACAGGGAUGUGAGGCGAUGGGCGACGGCAGGAGUACACCAAGUCAGGGCUGACGGGAUGGGGAGGUGGCACAACCGCUGGCGGCGACAGAGAGAGGAGGAGAGAAAAUGCUAAGGAAAUUAGGUUUGUCAAUCUGAGUCAAAUUAACUCUUAAGCGUGAAAUGUCAACACAGUCGGUGGAAUGUCAAUACAGUGUGAAUCGUGAAUCGCCAAGUACACGUGAAAUGCAGUCGGAUUUUUUACAGCAUCAUUGAACGAUAAAUUGACCAGAGCCAGACUUUAGAUACCGUCAGAGAAUUAAAGUUUUUUAAUGACAAAAAGUUUGGGACUGAAAUUGCAACCCGAACUAAAGUUUGUGCUUUUUAAGUGAGUUAGGCAUGAAGAAACAUAAACUCUAUAUUUGGCCUUCUCUUCUUCGUUAAUGCAAUUAGUAAUUGAUUUGUAA